CGUGACGCCAGAGCUGCGGUGGCGCCGGCCACCUGUUGCUGGAACAGUUGCUGGCGAGGCGUGGCAGCUGCGAGACGACUCUCACCUCGACCACGGGCCAGGCGUGUGAGUGUGUGCGUGUGCGUACAGCAGGUUGCUCAUCGGUCUGCAAGUUUGCAGAAGGUACUUUAAGGGAAAAGUUAUAAAUCUGGCCUGACACCUUUAUACUUGAAUGAUGUUCUGCAGAAGGAUUACUUGGUUCAUCUGCAUUUUUGUGACUAUGGUCAUGGCUGCUGCAUACAGUGAUCCACAUUCUAUUAAAGGAUCAUCCGCAAUAGUACCAGCUCAGGAGAAUAAGGACACAGCAGCUGUUGACUUGGAGCCACCAUCAAAAAUCAGGUCGCCAGCCGCUACAGAGAGCGGGGCCAGCCCUUCCGCACAACCGCGCAGCCGCCGCAGCCGCUCCCCUGUCUCGACUGCAACGUCCUCGGCUACCUGCAGCGGUCGUCCACUUAACGUGACCGCCGUCUCUCUCCUUCGGAAACUAUCUGCAGAGGAGAAGGGGAAGAGGCUGAUUGAGGUGACUGACAAGGGAACAGUGGACGAGCUGGAGACGCUACUCGCCGCUGGUGCGGACGUGGGGUCUCGGGACGUGAACACGUGGACUCCUAUGCACUUUGCGGCAUUAAGAGGAGACGUAGAGAUAGUGAAAUGCCUGCUCAGGAAUGGGGCGUUGGUGGACAUCAGGGAUAUCACACAGCAGACGCCUCUGCACGUUGCUGCAAGCAGUGGCAACGCCGCUGUAGCGCAGUUGCUGGUGGCGUUCUCUGCGGACCCCCACGCCAGGAGGAGUGACGGGAGCACACCGCUGCACAUGGCUGCGUUGAGUGGCCGUGCAGCUGUGGUGCGGGUGCUUGUGGCUGCUUCUGCCGACGUCAACGCCAGAGAUAACAAAGGUCGGACGCCGCUGCACAGAGUGGCAUGGAAUGGCAGCGCAGAGGUGGUGAGAGCGCUGCUGGGUGCAGGAGCCGACAGGCGAGCCAAGGACGACACAGGGAGAACCCCACUGGACAUCGCCAGGGAGAACAACAGACAGCAGAUAAUAGACUUGCUAACAUGAGGUGACUUUGUAGGCCAUCAUGAAGCUGUCAGCCCAACAAACAAGUCUGGGGAAAGAAGAAAAGAGCGACUUUAAUUUCUUUUUAAAAUUGAGAGGAUAAAAAAAGGCAAACCUGCAGUCAUUCUUUGUAUACAUAUUUACACAGUACAUAUAACUAAAAACAUUCCUUCAUGAAAUCCUAAAAAGAAUCAAAAAAUACUUUGUCAUUAAUAAACUUCAGUCUUUUACAUUAUUUGAUUAUAACAAAGCACAAUGUAUGUGGUAGAAGCAUCGUUCACGCUGUUUGAACUGCUGUAAAUUUCACAAUACCUAGAUUAUUGCCAUAUAAGUUUGUGUUCACAUGUAAGACCAUUUGCACAUAGUGCACUAAAGUUUCGUCGGUGGUUAAAUUCUGACAUUACAAAUAAUAUGCACACAACACUAGGUCUAACCUCAGACUGAAUUUCCUCAUGUAUCUGCUGUACAGAUGGUUCACUACUGAAAUGUGGUACUUACUGGAAUCAAGGAAAACGUGGAAGGAAGGACCCACCAAUAUAACUUUCUUUUUACACUACCUGUUUAGUUAACAAUAUAUAACCUUUGUUUUACAGAUAAUCGAAGCAUUUAACCAUAAAGUCCCUUAAACAAAAUGAA